CCAUCUGCAUUAAUUCGGGGAUACUAAGCUGCAUUAAAAUUACGCGUAAACAAACUGAUAUGACGGAAAAGUUGACUAGAGGUGAACUUGUAAGAUUCACGUGAAUCUUACAAAUCAUCCCUCGAUUUUUCUCCACCGUUGUCUCCGCGACCUAUUUUCCGCUCGUUCUUUACAUCGUCGUGUUCAUACGGACAUGUCGCGUAUAUACCGUGACGCAGUAAUAGCCACUCGAUCUGAUUAUUAAUUCUGUCAUUGUGUUUUCCACAAGUGUUCCUUUGUCACUUAUCAUCUUGAGUCAGUUAACCACCAUGUCAGAUGUAAAAAGCCUCGAGCACCCAACAUUGAAGGUUCCAUACGAGCUCCUAAAUAAGAAGUUCCGUUCCGCCCAGAAAACUCUUGACAGAGAAGUCUCCCACGUGCAAGCAGUGUCGAACGAACUUGAGAAGAGCCUGAAGACUGACGGGUCUUACGUAGCUACCGGAGAAAUUAGCAAAUUACUUGGCGGCGUAGUGGCUAGGCUUCAGGUCUUAAAACGUAAGGCCCAAGAGUCGAUUGCGGAGGAACUGCAAGCAGGCGCGGUGUGCAAGAGGAGACUGGACCAUUUGAAGGAGCACGCUAACACAUCACCUAGCGCUGUUAAUCAGUGGAGACGACAGAGAUUAGACCGAAUGUUAGUGGAAUACUUUCUUCGCAAAGGAUACUACAAAACAGCUACCAAGUUGGCAGACAGUAGCGAACUCAGGGACUUAACGAAUAUCGAUGUGUUUAUGGUGUCGAGGGAGGUAGAGAAAUCUUUAGCCAAUCACGAGACUGCCCGAUGCAUCAGCUGGUGCCACGACAAUCGGUCGAAGCUAAGAAAACUCAGCAGUUUUAUGGAGUUCAAUCUGCGCGUGCAGGAGUUUAUUGAGUUAGUGCGAACCGACAGACGGCUCGAUGCUGUGAAACACGCGCGGAAGUACUUCGCCAACUGUGACGAUUACCAGUUACAAGAGAUUCAGUGUUGCAUGGGCCAGUUGGCUUUCCCGGCCCAUGCGUACUUGAGCCCUUACAAAGAAUUGCUGGAUGAGAAAAGAUGGGAUAGGUUGAUCGAGACGUUCCGGCAAGAGAAUUACAGAUUGUUUCAGUUGGCAAGUCAGAGCGUAUUCACAGUAGCUUUGCAAGCUGGUUUGUCGGCUCUCAAGACUCCUCAGUGUUACAGCGCAAAUAAGGAAGGCCGAAAUCCGAGCUGUCCAGUUUGCAAUGAAGCGUUGAACGAGCUGGCUGCACCGUUGCCAUUUGCUCAUUGUUCGCAAUCACGACUUGUUUGUAGCAUAAGCGGGAAACCAUUAAAUGAAUAUAAUCAACCCAUGAUGAUGCCCAAUGGAUAUGUAUAUGGUGAACAAGCAUUGGAAAAAAUGGCUCAAGAAAACAAUGGCACCGUGAUCUGCCCAAAGACCAAAGAAGUAUUUCCCUAUAAAAAGAUCGAGAAGGUUUACGUCAUGUGAACAUCCAUCGUUCACGAUCGAUCAUCGACCCAGCAUAUACAUAUAUUGUACUAUAUGCUUAGCGCUUAUAGUCCCUCCCUUGUUCAUUAACUUCUCUCUUAUUUAAUAAUAAUAAUAAUAAUUGUAUACUAUUGGCAUGGAACGAAAUAACAUCUAUUUUUAAGGAUUACGCCUGAUGGAUUUAUUUAUACCCGUGUAUAUAACGUGCAAUAAUUAUGACGUAAUGUUUGCCCCUUGUGAUCACCUUUUCUUUAAGUAAUUAUAAUUAACAACAAUCUGAAAUAAAAUUCUGGAAUG